CGAAGCAUUCAUUCAAUUGAAAAACAAGAGACUACUCAUUCGAACUGCUAGUAUCUUCAUUCUCAAAUUCUACGCAAUUUGUGUUUAUAUUCAUUAAUAAUUUUGAAGGCAAAGUUUAUUUAUAUUAGUUUUUACAGCCUCUUGCACGAAGCCUCACAUUCAUUCAAUUGUUUAAGAGGAUAGUUUAUUCUUUGCUUAAACAAAUUGGCGCCCACCGUGGGGCAUCGUGCAAGAAAGAGUUCAAACAUGGAAGGAACAAAUCAGUUGUUGAUCAAAUUCCAUCAACAAUUGGAGACGGUCCGAGAAGAGAUUCGGCGUGAGAUGGCGGAGAGGAUGGCCCUUCUUCAAUGGGAGAAUGAUGUACUCCGGUCCCAGGUACAAUUCGCAGUGUCAAUAGCAUCGAAUUCAAGGCCGAACCGGAGGACUGACCUUAUGAAUGCUGCCACAAGGUUGGAUCUCGGCGUCUCCCCGCCAUCCAUUUUUCAUUCAUACUUCUUCGGGUUUUCGUCUAUAUUUUUUGUUCGGAUUGACCGGGUAUCCGCAGAUGCGGGUGAUAUAGCCAACCCUACAAAGGAAGAAGGAUCCAGCCCAGCGAAAUCAAGGAUUAAUGGACCGUUUAGAAGAGAUAAGCACAAUUCGAAACUUGGAGCAAAAGAAUAGCCAAAUACGUUCUUAAGUCCCUGCUAUUUCGGUGGGUGGUUAGUUGGUGGACUAGGAUGAAAAAUCAUUAUUUAAAUAAAGCUGUUGUAAACGAAGCAUUCAUUCAAUUGAAAAAACAAGAGACUACUCAUUCGAACUGCUAGUAUCUUCAUUCUCAAAUUCUAAGCAAUUUGUGUUUAUAUUCAUUAAUAAUUUUGAAGGCAAAGUUUAUUUAUAUUAGUUUUUACAGCUUCUUGCAUGAAGCCUCACAUUCAUUCAAUUGUUUAGAAGGAUAGUUUAUUCUUUGCUUAAACAAAUUGGCGCCCACCGUGGGGCAUCGUGCAAGAAAGAGUUCAAACAUGGAAGAAACAAAUCAGUUGUUGAUCGAAUUCCAUCAACAAUUGGAGACGGUCCGAGAAGAGAUUCGGCGUGAGAUGGCGGAGAGGAUGGCACUUCUUCAACGGGAGAAUGUGACGUGCACUUUGUUGUGUGUGCACUCAAAAUAAAUUCAAUACUAACACUUAUACGUAGUAUAGCGUAGUAGAGUUCGUAUCCACAGGGAAAUGAAUAAUUCUCUUUUUAGUAAAACUAGUAAAUAAAGGGGGUUUUGGGAUCGAGUGAUUUAAUUAAAUUAAACACGAA